AUGGGGAAAAUAACGACAAUCAGAGACAUCCUAGGAGUUAUCAAAGACAAGGCAUCCUUAUCCAAAGCAGCCCUACUCUCAAAAUCCAACGUUUCACUUCCUCUCCGCCUAGCCAUCCUCCGUGCUACCUCCCACGUGCCACCAGAGCCUCCCGGUGACCACCACCUCUCCAACAUCCUAUCUCUUGGAAACAGCUCGCGCGCCACAGCCUCAGCUGUCAUCACCGCCCUCAUGGACCGCCUGAACUCCACUAGCAACUGUUAUGUCGCCCUCAAGUCUCUUAUGAUUAUUCACCACAUCAUCAAGCGUGGACCCUUUAUACUUCAAGAUCAGCUUUCAGUUUUUCCGACCACCGGCGGCCACAAUUAUCUAAAACUCUCCGCCUUCCGCGACGGAGCCACCGCCGGAACAUUGGCUCUCUCUGCAUGGGUGAGAUGGUAUGCACGUUACUUGGAAACCAUACUUUUCACUUAUAGGGUUUUGGGUUAUUUCCUCUGUUCAUCAUCAAACGGCAUGAUUAAAGACAAUCAAGAAGAAACAAUCUCAUCUUCGUUGAACGUUGACUUGAUUAAGGAAGUAGAUUCUCUGAUUGUACUGAUUGAAGAAAUGAGCAAAGCACCUGAUCAUACCCCAGUUGAAGGUAACAUUUUGUUGAACGAGGUUAUGGGAUUACUGGCUAAUGAUUAUUUAUCAGCAGUGAAUGAAAUUUUGUUAAGACUCGGCGAGUUCAAGGAGAGACUGAGUUGUCAGACUUUCGGUGACUCGGUCGAGUUAAUAUGUGCAUUGAAGAGGUUAGAAAGUUGUAAAGAUAGAACGUGGGCCCUUUUUGCCAUUAAGAAGCCUUCGAUUGAUAUGUUAUGGGGUUUGUGUGAAGAAUUGAAAGAUGGAAUUGAGGUGUUGAAGGUGUACAAAGAAGGUGGGAAAUUACUGAGUUCGGGGAGGAGAGAGAAGGCAAGCCAGUCAGCUCGGUUAGAACAGGGAGUUUUGAAGCAUGCUGACUCGGUCCAAUUUCAAUCAGGAAGAUUUGACAUGGAUAAGUUCCCUUUCUUUGUUGUACAAUCUGUUGAAUCGAAUUUGUUAUGA